ACUAAUAGAAGUCAUGGCGACACUGUGCUUCAUUUUUCUGUUUUUUGUCUUCAGUAAAAGCCACGUAACAUCCACACCUGAGGAAACAUCUUCACUGAAAGUAACUGAAGGUGAAUCAGUGAGUUUAAACUGUAGUUUCACCUUCACACAAGAAUAUAAUGGGGUGUCAUUUGUUGUUUACUGGAUUAAAACUGUUGGAGAGAGCAGCACCUGUGUGUAUUCUAAUGAUUUUUCUAUGAAUGAGGUUGUGCUCGGUCACCACUGCAACGUACAGGAAGAACUACUUAACAGACUCUCAAACCAAACCAAAGAACCGAACAGUCACAACAUCAGGAUCAGUGAAGUGAUGGAGUCAGACAGCGGUCAGUACCUCUGUGCUGUACAAGUGCACCCAAAUAAUAAAAACACUGCUAAAGGAAACUGGAAGGUGAUACAAAGAGUUACAGUCAGUGUUCAGAAAGACAAAAGACCACAGCCAACCAUGACCACUGUGACUCAGACAACAACUGAGGAGACAACAAAGAAAAUAACUGGUGUUCACCCUCUCAUGCCUCUGUUUACUUCAUGGCCCAUAUGUUUGUGUCUUCUGCUUUCUGUUUGGAUCGCAUUUGCACUCAUAAGGAAAAAGGCCAGCACUGCACAAGGAUCUCAGGCUGUGCCGUUACAAACCUCCAAAACGGAGAAGCAGCUCCUGACAUUGAUGGUUCUCCAUAUGUUGUGGGACAUGAAACCGACCGCUCGCAGGAAUAAAGCAGCUCAGUCAGCGGGGAGAAGGAGAUUAAACUACGGAUGGAGUCGCACUUCGGAGCCUCCAGUCGUCUGUUCUGAAGGAGACGAGGACCAGGAUGAGCUGCCGAAGUGCACGUUCGCGGUAGACCUCAAGAACCCAGCGGGGAAAGUUGACUUGAGCGGAGUUUGA